ACUGUCUUCUUUCCACUGCUCCAAUGAGUCCACUAACCAUUCCACUUCAUAUUUCUCCAUUCCCACUUACCACAAUUUUCACUUUACCAAACAAACCAAGAAUCUUGAUUCCUCAAGCUACAUUUUCUUCUUCACAAAAUUCCCCUCUUUGGACCAUUUCAGAUAUAGUCAAAGCUAUUAAUGGCAAAAUCAUUAAGUGGGGUCCACCAGGAACAAUCUGUACAGACACUAGAACACUUGUACCAGGUCAAUGGUUCCUCCCACUUGUUGGCCAAAACUAUGAUGCCCACAAUUUCAUUACCCUUAAAUUAGCCACUAAAGGUUGUGUUGGAGUAAUUGGAAAGUGGAUUUGUGAGGGUUGGAACAAUGGUUUUGUUAAAGUGGAGGGUGAUAGUAUAAGUUCUUUAAAAAGAUUGGGUUUUUAUGCAAGAAACAGGUUUAAUGGUUGUUUAAUUGGGUUAACAGGAAGUGUAGGAAAGACUACUACAAAGAGUAUGGUGGCAUUGGUUUUGGAGAGUGUUGGUAGUGUUUAUUGUAGUCCAGGGAACUGGAAUAAUGAGAUUGGGGUCGGGUUAUCGCUUAUUGAGAUGUCGAGGGAUGUGGGGUUUGGUGUUCUUGAAAUGGGGAUGAGCAAGAAAGGUGAGAUUUUGGAGCUGUCAAGGAUGUGUAGGCCAAAUGUAAGAGUGGUUUUGAAUGUGAGUGCUGCGCAUUUGGAGAAAUUUGAGAGCUUGGAGGAGGUUUCGAUGGUGAAAGGGGAGAUUUUAAGAGAAGCAAUGCCAGGGGAUGUGUGUGUAUUGAAUGGUGAUGAUCCUCUUGUCAUGAGCCUCCCAGUUCCGGUUGGAGUUAAGAAGGUCCUAUUUGGCCGAAAGUUGGGGUGUGAUGUUCGUUUAGUUUCUUCACAAAUCAUAGAUGGAGGUCGCGGUAUACAAAUUGUUCUAGAGGGGUUCAACGAGAUGGUUAAAUUCGUAAUCUCCAGUCCCGGCCUGCAUCUAGCCAUUAAUGCAUGUUCUGCUGCUGCUGUGGCUAGUGCUCUCGGUGUUCCUCUUGCUCUAGCUGGAAAAUCCUUAUCCAAAUUUAAACCUGUUCACAGGAGAUCGGAACUUGAAGUAGCUGAAAAUGGGAUUACAAUAAUAAACGAUGUUUAUGAUGCAAGUCCUGCUAGCACUCAAGCUGCCAUUGACUUGUUAAGAAACAUCGACAGCAAAGGUAAACAAAUUGCUACACUUGGUGACAUGCUUGAACUUGGUCCAACAGAAUUCAAGUUCCACGAGUUGAUGAUUCAGAGUUGCUGCGAUGCCUGUUUUGAUGUAGUCGCACUUGCAAGGUUUCUAAGUGUAGCUGAGGGUAUAGACUGUGGUCAGGAUAUAAAACUGGUAUGCACUACUCAUGCUCAUGAGAUGGCUUAUAAAAUUAUCAGUUAUUUAAAUAGUGGUGAUGUCGUCCUUGUCAAAGGCAGUCGUCAAAUAGGAAUGGAGGUGAUUGUCGAUGCAACUAAGUCUAUCCACUUUGAUGUCCCUUGCCAUUCAGUAAUGAGCAAAUAUGACUGACAGAAAUUCUGCAAUGUGUGAUCGUGCUAGAACAAAUCAGUAUGCUGGUUCAGCUUUGUUCAAGCUCUUUUCAAGACCUCCUCGUAUGGUAGCUCAGGGCCAGCAGCUGGAAAUUAUGCUGGGGUAAGGAUGGAUCAAUGGCCUUUUUUAUGAUCUUUUUGAAAAAUGCUGGAAGGUCAGGGUAGCCAUAUGAGUUGACCUUCAGGUGACAAGCAAUUUGUACGGGUGGAGUGCUUAAGCUGCUUGGUGGAACCUUUGCAGGAGAUACUUUCUUCAGAUUAGUAUCGUGAAGAAUGAAUAUAAAGAUCGCAAAACUUACAGUUGGUGUCGAUGAAGUUCCUCUUUACAGAUACUCUCUGCAAUAUUACCACCAAAUGGUUCAAUAAAACCAUACUCUUACUGGGGAAUGACACUGCAGAAAUCAGCUUAUUGUUCUGAGAAAUCACUUUGACUUUCUUAGGAGACCUAGGAAAAUGUUUGAAAGAGCUACAUCAGUACUUUACCUGGGACGAAUUCCUAUAGCUGGUUGGUCCAGCCUAUUCUUUAAAUUAUCUUCUCGGCAAUGGUUGAGGGUAAAAAGGGGUAUCUGUGUAGAAGGAUUGCUGGUAUACAGGAUAGGUGUUUAUCUUUUCAACUUCAGUGAAAAUAUUUCAAGAGGAAUCAUAAGAUUUAUGUCAGUGAACCUGUGAUAAUGAAAGCAAAUUGCUUUUGCAAGUAUCAGAAGCACAGCACUUGAGAUCCCAAUAAAAAGAAAAGAGCAAUUGAGUAAGAAGCGGAAUCUGAUGCAACCGCACUUAUCAUUGAUUUGGAAGGAGCAAAAAUGGCCCGUUGCUUACAAGUUACAACUUUGUCUUUUACAAGGUGAACAAGCCAAUUCCUCGCUAGAAACCAACCAUGUUUGUCAUAUUUUACAUUAUGGUUCAUUUCAGAGCAUGCUUUGUGGCCCGGCCAUGCAUUCUCUACCCAUGUACUACAUGGAGAAUGCUAGAAAAGAACAAGUUUAUGUGUCGUCGCAUCCCUGAAUUUGGAUGUGCUAGUACAGGAAGAGUUCUGCAGUUAUCAGGGCGAGAAGACGAAGAAAACUAUUGUUUCUUUUCCUACAUGCAAUACAAGAAUUUUCAUCAACUUUAAUUCUCUAAAAGCCUGAUACAGUAGCCUUUAGCCCCUACAACUUUUCUUCUUAAAACUAAAAUGACACUUGGGCUAUGUAUAUGGCACAUGAUCACAUAAUAUACAUUUUUAGGACCACAUGACUUCUCUUCCUUA